AUGUUUUAUAAAUCAAAAUCAAAUCACCUCCUUACAAUACUUUCAAUCCUACCGAUACUGUUCUUCAAUGCUUUAGCAUAUGAUGAAGAAAACGACGUGGACAAAUCACCUCAACCUCCACGAUUAGAUUCACCCGAAAAUUUAAAAGAUUUUCUUACCGUGGUAUACGUAACGAUAAUAAUGACUAUAUUGAGUUUAUGCGGAUGUUCUUAUGUAUUUUACCGGACCUACAGGCAGUGGAUAUUAAAUAAAAAAAGAUCCUUGCCAAUGAUAUAUUUAUUACCAUUUUAUACUGCUUUUUCUGAUUUCCUCAUUAACAUUGCCUUUUUCAUAAAUAUUAUACAUACGGCAAUUUUUGCUCAAAUUUGGGAUCAACCAAUGUGUCGUAUCAUCAGUACGGUUCAUUGGGGAAUUCUAACGAUAAACCUAACGUUAUAUAGCGUUAUAGCAGAUGAUGAUGAAUCAAGCAUUACUAAUGCUGAUGACGAAUUGGAUAGCGCGGCUAUGAGAAAGCGUGAAGAAAUUGAAAAAAAAGAGAAAAGAGCCGCGAAAAAAAUUAUCAGCUAUAUGCUCGUAUUUUUACUUCAAUGGACUCCUGUACAGAUUGAUGACGCUUGGAUUUAUGUUUUAGCUGCUACAGGUCAAUUACUCGGAGGAAUCGGUAACGCUGUAAAUUAUAUAUUAAAUGAAGGCUACAUUUCACGUAAUUCUAGUUCGGAGAAUGAAAUCGUGACAAAUUACGAAACAUCGAAUGACGAUGAAAAAUAA